GCAACUUUGUCGCACAAGGAUAUUGUGUAACGAGUACUCAUAUUUACGCGUCUUUACUACUGAUCAGCUACUACUAACGAAAAUAUUUGAAAUGACGUCCUCAAAAGAUACAGAAAGCACGUGGAUUGAAUUAUCUGAUGAUAAUGAAACUGACUGGUUGGCAAGUUUCAAAAUAUGUCAACGAGCUUUUCAAAAUGAUCCUCUAUAUAUUUACACACACCCUGAUCCGGAUAUUAGACAAAAAUUUCUUGCUGUGUAUUAUGAAUAUCUAUAUCCAGCUAUAUUUAAAGACGGGCGAGGAUUUCUAGCACUUAUUAAAACGAGGAAAGCUGACAAAGUCAAAAUAGUUGGAGCGACAGCAUGCUCAAUGGAGGAAGAUGAAGAUUUGGCAAAGAAAGCUUUCAGUCGUUUUGCUGAUAUCGAUGGAGAAGGAUGGAAAAGACAUCAAAAACACGAUGAGUGGGAAAUGGAGACUUAUGUCGGUAAAAUGUAUGAUUUGGCGGAUGAAUUUGGAAUGAAAAUCAUUUAUGGCGAUUUUCUAGUUAUUGAUGAUGAAUGCAGAGGAGGGAGUAUCGGCACCAUGUUUGCCGAUAAAGGAAUUCAACUGCUGAUGGAAGCAGCACGCAGACGUUUGCAAUUAUCAGGAGUUGACAAACAACCCAUGUGGUUUGGUGUUUGUGAUCAUCCAACUUCAAGAAAUUUUUCCAGAAAAAUUGGACUAAUUGAAGUAGCACAGCUGCGUACUAACAAGCCUUGUGAUUCUAAAAAAGAAAUUUUAUACUUAUGGAUUUUUUUACACCCAUCUCUACCCGCAAGUUACAUCGAAGCAGCGAGACGAAAAUUUAGAUACUCCGCAAACUUGUAACAAACCACCUUAAAUAGCCGUCGUUCGAAAUGUGGUCUUCUGAUGCCGGAGG